AUGCCUACGAACGCAGCCUUUGCGCCUGGGCCGGGGACGCUGUCGCAGUCGAACUCGUCGCCGCUACUGAAGACGACACCGCCGGUGGUGAUCAGCGUAAUGAGCCAGAUCUAUCCGUUCAUCUGCGUCGCCGACACCACUCUGGGGUUGCUCACCUGGUCGCUCGACGACCCCUGGAAGCCGUUUCUGCUGGUCGCCGUGUGGAUUCUGACCGUGCAAUACUUUGAAUUCAUAAUUCUCUAUAUUGCCCACAUUGUUGUGGCCAUUCUGCUCUCGGUGGUCGUUUACAACUACCAGAAGCCGUCUAACGACCUCGAGUCUCUGAACGCGGUCAUUGCCAAGCUUUCACAACUGUCGAGCCGCGUGCGCUUGUUUGCCCUGCCUGUGACCUCUCUGGAGCUUACCAAGAAGGAUCUCACCCGUAUGUUGUUUGCUGCCGGUUUCAUGACCCCGCUUUACAUUGUGGUUGCCCGAUACUUUUUGUCGGUGAGGUCAAUUUGUCUCUACGGUGGUCUGUUUGUGCUCACAUAUCACUCGGCUCCCGCUAGAGCCACUCGCGAAAUUUUGUGGCGCUUCAAGCCCGUCCGUGCGCUUGUAUUUGGCAUGACAAGCAUCAACUUCAGCAAGUCUUCGCUAAGGAAACAAAUGGCCCGCCCACAAACCGCACUAUCCCGACCCUCUUCUCCAGCAUCAAGUCACAAAGCCAACUCGCAGAGCGUGCGGUUCACCUAUGUUCUUUACGAGAAUCAGCGUCGCUGGCUAGGAAUUGGCUGGACGAGCAAUAUGCUGGCUUAUGAGCGAGCGGCUUGGACAGACGAGUUUCUCAAUGAAUCUCUUGCCCCAGACACAUUCAUGCUGCCCGACACAGAGGGUACCGGUAUGGAAUGGCGUUGGGUCGAUAAGGCAUGGAAAUUGGAUCUCACAAACGAUGGCCUCCUGGUCACGCGAACAAAGGCCACCUACACAGCUGAUCCUGAUGAGGAUGAUGGGUUUGUGUACUAUGACAACGUAUGGAAACGAGGCUCGGCUGAGCCAAGCUUCUCCAAGUACACGCGUCGCCGCAGAUGGGUUCGGACUGCAGAGCUGGUUGCCCUCGGUGAGCCCCAGGACGAUGUAAAGCAAUCACCCCAAAAAGAGACCAAAUUCGCAGACAACAAUGGCGCCAAUGGCGCUGCAUCACAGCAUGUGAUUGAUGACAUCGAAAAAAGCACGGGCGUCAAGUCGUCUCAAGUAGAGAUUCGCCAAAGACAGGUUGACGAGUAG